UUCUCCCACAAAGUUGUUCUUCUAUCCUCUUCUAGAAGCCUUCGCUCCAGCGCUGUGCGUUCCCCUUCCCCUUUGCGGCCACCGCCCGUCGGCCGGACGGGAUGGACGCGGCGGCGCGGCGCGCGAAGCCGAAUCGGGGCAGGCCGCUCGUCCCUCCCAACUACGUCAGCCUCCGGGACCUCCGGGAGCUCCGCCUCAAGGAGAAGGAGGAGCAGCGGCGGCGGGAGGAGGAGGAGGCCGCCGCCAGGAGGGUCAGGGAGGAUCAGCGGAAGCGUCAGGAGGAGGAGGAGGAGGCCGCGGCCAGGAGGUUUGUCGAGGAGCGGCGGCGGCGGGAGGAGGAGGAGAAGGCGAGGAGGGCUAGGGCUGCUGCGGCGGCCCCGGCGCCGGCGCCGGCGCCGGAGAUGAGGGCCUCGUCGAGUACUUCCUCCUUCAGGUCUAAUGAGAGGGCCCGCGGAGGGCAGCGGUUGGUGGUCGUGGCGGAUCGACCGCCGCCGCGGCGAGAGGAGGUUACUGCCUUGAAGAUUGAUGUCCGUGGCAACAAGGGGCCGGACGGCGGCCCGGCCAAUGCACCCCCAGGGGGUGGCUUCAAGGCGCAGGUCUCCGCGGGUCCAGGCGAGCCAGCCAAGCCUGCUGCCGCAUCAUCUCGCGCCGGCAAGCCAGAGGAAAAGAGGAAGGGGGAGGCCUCAGGAAUUCAGGGCACAGCACCGGGGACCAACAGUGCGCCAGGCGAGCUGGUGGACAUUGCAUCAUAUCGAGGCCCAGGCAGGCCGAGGCACAGACACCAGGGGAGGAAGAAGGGAUUGGAUGGCCGGAGUACAGAAACAGCCAUGACUAGUUCGAUUGGUGAGGCGGUGGAGGCAUCGUCACUGCCAGUAGUCAAUCAGGAAAGCAAGGGCAAGAGUCGACCGGGUGACCGGAGCAAUGAGACAGCCCCAGCCAGCAUACCGGGCAAAGCGGCUGAGGCAUCACCGCCGCGAGGCGUCAAGUCGGACAACAAGAGGAAGGAGAAACCCUCGGGAGGCAGGCAGGCGAGCACGGCACCGGGCAGUGAUAUGCCGGAUGGCAAGAAGGUGGAGGCCUCAGUAAGUGAGGGCACAGCAUCUGGGGUGAGCAGCGUGUCAAGCGAGCACGCCGAUGCAGACGUUGCAUCAUGCCGACUGCCCCUCAAGCCGAUGUAUAGGCGCAAGGGGAAGAAGGGAUUUGAUGCCCGGAGCGUAGAAACAGCCACAACCAAUGUGGCUGGCAAGACUACAGACACAUCAUCAUUUGGAGGCGUAAAUUUGGAGAUUAAAGGGAAUAAGGGAUUGACUGAGCAAGGCACAGAAACAGCCUUGCCUAUGAUGUCAAGCAAGGCAGCUGACGCUUCACUAGCUCGAGGCUUCAAGUCAGAGAACAAGCUGAGGAAUGAACCCUCAGCAGGCAGGCAUGCAGGCAUGCCACCAAGCACCGCUUGUCGUGAUGGAAUGAAGACUCAGCCCUGUCCGGCCGCUGUGGGCAGCGGUAGCCAGAGGAGCAGCGGUGGUGGCCAAGGGACCACCUGGGAGGCAAAAACAGAGGGCCUUCAGGGAAAACAGAGAGCGGAGGAGGUGAAGGCACAAUCGCAUCCGGCUGCUGAGAGCAGUGGCUAUUUAAGAAGCAGCAGCGAUCAAGGGAUGAUCCAGGCGGCAAAACCCGAGGGCUCCGGGGAGAAGCAGCGCGUGGUGGAGAUGAGAACCGCAUCCCAGCUGAAGCCAAGGAAUAUGAGGAACUCCGGUAGGCAGUGGCCUGGCGAUCACAGCCGAGUGAAUUUCGCCGCAAGGCAGAACAGCAUGGUCUGGAUGCCCAAGGCUGCUGCCGCGCCAGACUGUGCCGAAGUUGGAAAUUUUCCUUAGAAUAUUAGUGUAGAUAUGGUAGCAGUAUAUGAUAACAUGUGUCAAAUGGUAGAUUUUCGAUCUACCAAUUAAUAUGCUAAACCCUAUGUAUAAAUUAGGCUUCAGGUUGCCUGACAGGUUUGACAGAUUGGUUUUGGUGGAAUAUGGUAAUCUCUGUAGACUCCUGUUGUAAUUACAUCAUUUCAUUUUUUGAUGUUAAUCCGCACAA